AUGCGCCAGUCCAAGAUUCAUUGCGUCAUCCCACACCUUUCCCUGCCAGCUCCGACAAGAAAACGGGCUUUGCCAAUCUCAUCCUACACUCUACGAUCAACCUUCCAAAUAGAACAUCCCCAACACCAAUACCGUCUUCUACAUCGUCUAUAUAACCAAACCAGCAUAAGAACCCACCCCACAAACGCAGCGCACCAAACCCGCUUCUUCCCCGCAACCUCAAGACCGCACCCACAAACCAGCUCUUCCCCCACCAAGUCCCCCUUCUCAACCUCAACACAAGCCAUGUCCUCCGACGACGCCUACAUGUCCUUCCUGGACAAAGCGAACGCAGAUGUGAGCGGCAGCGCCCCACAGCAAGGGACCGGCACCGUCAAAACCGAGACCGUGCACAGCUCCCUGUCAGUGCCAAAGGCGCUCCAGUCCGUCGACGCAUACUACAUCUCAGAUACAGACGAGCCCUUCGAGCCUGUGGCAUUGAAGUGGGAUGGCGCUGCCAAGGGAGCGUGGCCUAGUGCUGACCAGAUCUCCUCCCUGAUCUCCCCAGACACCGACCUGUCCCAGUCCAUCUCCAUUCUAUCCCCCUCCUCCUUCGACCCGAAAAAUCAGUACUCUGCCGCCCUAGAUGCUGUCCGCGCCGCGGCUGUCGAGAAGGAUUCUGGCGCUGAUAAGUCGUCCGUUGAGUUGAAGGUCUACCGUGUUGAACAAACUAGUACCAAGAUCGAGUACUGGGUUCUGGCACUACAUGCGCCUGAGAGCCGUCUUGUCGGUUUGCGCGCCAAGGCUGUUGAGUCGUAG